AUGGCGCCAGAUGUCGAGCCCCCCCGAACAGGUGCUGAGCAAACUAUCAAAGUCGCGUCCAAGAAGGAGAGUAGGCCUGGCACAAUCAAGCUGAAGAAGCCGCCCCCCAAGCACAACAAGCCGGGCAAUUGGAGGGAUGGCAGCGUUAUCGAAGAUGAAAAGAAGAAGGCCGUCAGCUCGCCAUGCCUGUCGGCGCCCUCUCCAGGUCCCGUCGUGAACCAGCUAGACGAGACAGCCAGGGAGACAUUUGCGACCGGUCGACCGCUGGAAGAUAGCCCCGAUCUGCAACAGUGCAAGCACUGCAAGAAGAGCAUUCUCACAACCGCAGCCAAAGCCCACAUUACACAGUGUCUGAAGUUGAAGAAGGAAAAGGCGCAGCAGAAGAAGGAGAAACGAGAAGCAAGAGAGCGCGCCAAGGAGGCUGCGAGGGAGGAGGAGGCUCGCAAAGCUCAUGAAGACAACGCCGACGCCGACAGCGAUGACGGCGAUAAAAAGGGCGGUCCUGCCGCCAAGCGGGUUGGCAAGAAGCCGGACGACGACAAGAAGGCCGGGGGCAAGAAGCGGAAAGCCGAGGGAGAACCGGAAAAGGGACCGAAAACGAAGAAGAAGAAGGAUGAAGCUAAAGCCAAGGCUGCCAAGCCCCCCAAAGGACCCGUUGAUGUCGAGAAACAAUGCGGUGUCACACUGCCCAAUGGCCAGCCGUGUGCUCGCUCGUUGACGUGCAAAAGCCACUCCAUGGGAUUCAAACGAGCCGUGGCAGGCCGUUCCCUUCCCUACGACAUGCUGCUGGCGGCGUAUCAAAAGAAAAACCAAGCCAAACAACAGAAGGCUGCUCUCGAUGCAAACGCGCCGAUAGAGGACGACGAUGCCAACGCUGGCCCUGUGGAUUCGGACGAGGAGACCGCGGCGAUUAUGAGCGCUCUCUCACACUGGCAGCCUCAGCCGCUCAUCCCGCAACCGGUAUUUGCACCCAUCAAGCGGCAAUACCAGCUGUCAAGGCUCCACGAGCAACUGCAGCUCGCAACGAACGGUGGCCGCACAAACAUUUUUCAAGUUGUGGGCUAUGGGGCUCAAAGGGUCGCCGAGGGACACGCAGACCUGCCGCCGGAAGGAGAAGACGCGCCUGGCAAAGCAGACAUUGGUCCCUUGGGCUUCCCCGCCUCGGCGCGAUCGUCGACUUUUGGCGGUGGUGUGACUUCGCAAAGAUCAUCCAUCAGCAGUCGUGCGUGA